CGCCCUGGCUUGUGCCGGUGGACGCCUUCACCUGCCUUGUUAUUUAAGAAUGGAAGAGGAUACAGAUUUUAGAAUAAGGUUUAGUUCUUUAUGUUUCAUUACUGAUCAUGUUGGAUUUCAUGGCACCAUAAAAAGCUCGCCAAGUGACUUUGUUGUUAUUGAGAUUGAUGAGCGGGGACAGUUAGUUAAUAAGGCCACUGAUGAACCUAUUUACAAGAUGAGUAAAGGACUGCCCGAGCCAAAUAAUUUUGCCAAAAAAACAAAACUAGGUUUGCAAAAUUUAGUCUUUGAAGAGGGAAGCAACCAGAAAGUCAGUAUAUUGGCCCCGUGCUCCGAUGAUGACCAGAAUCAUCAGUCUGGUUCAGAAAAGGAAGAUACUAUCCAUGAUGGAACUUCCAAAGGUGAAGAAGAAAAAAUUUAUGCAUUAGGCUCUUUGUUGGAUGAAAAAACUAAUGAACUACUGGAUCAGUUUGCCUGUGAUAUAAAAGAGAAAUGGAAUUCUGAAAGUGAGCUGACUGGACCAUCUCCUGAAUUCUCACUGGGCAGAAUCCUUGACAAAAACCAGAGGGCUAUUUUGCAUAGUGCUAUUCGGCAGAAGUUUCCUUUUUUAAUAACUGUAGGAAAAAACAGUGAAAUUGUUGUAAAACCAAAUCUUGAGUAUAAAGAACUCUGUCACUUGGUAUCUGAAGAAGAAGCAUCUGACUUUUUUAAAUACUUGGAUGCAAAGAAAGAAAAUUCCAAAUUUACCUUUAAACCUGAUACAAACAAAGACCACAGAAAAGCUGUUCACCAUUUUGUCAACAAAAAGUUUGGAAAUCUUGUGGAAACCAAAUCUUUUCCUGAAGCUAAUUACAAUGCUGGUAAUCCAAAUACAGUGAUAACGGUAAGAUUUCGUGAAAAAGCACACAAGCACAGGAAAAGGUCUGUUGAAUCCCAGGAAAGAAAAGUUAUAUACACAGCCUUUACCCUACGAAAAGAAAAUCUAGAAAUGUUUGAAGCAAUUGGUUUUUUAGCUGUCAUACUUGGUGUGAUUCCUUCAGAUUUUAGUUACGCAGGCCUUAAAGACAAGAAAGCCAUCACCUAUCAAGCAAUGGUUGUUAGAAAAGUGACUCCAGAGAGGUUGAAAGAUAUUGAAAAAGAAAUUAAAAAGAAAAGAAUGAAUGUGUUUAAUAUUCGGUCUGUAGAUGAUUCCCUUAGACUUGGUCAGCUCAAAGGAAAUCACUUUGAUAUUGUCAUCAGAAAUUUAAAAAACCAAAUAAAUGAUUCUGCAAACCUGAGAGAGAGAAUUUUGGAGGCAAUAGAAAAUGUUAAGCAUAAAGGGUUUGUGAAUUAUUAUGGGCCGCAGAGAUUUGGGAUGGGAAGGAAAGUUCACACAGAUCAAAUUGGAUUGGCUUUGCUGAAGAGUGAAAUGGUGAAGGCUGUAAAAUUAUUUCUUACACCGGAAGAUUUGGAUGAUCCUGUAAAUAGAGCAAAGAAAUAUUUUCUUCAAACUGAGGAUGCUAAAGGCACACUUUCAUUGAUGCCAGAAUUCAAAGUUCGAGAGAGAGCGUUGUUGGAGUCACUGCAUCGCUUUAGCAUGACCGAGGAGGGUUGUAUCCAGGCCUGGUUCUCCUUUCCUCAUUCUAUGCGCAUUUUCUACAUUCAUGCGUAUAGCAGCAAAAUUUGGAAUGAGGCCGUAUCUUACAGACUUGCAACCUAUGGAUCAAGAGUGGUGGAGGGUGAUUUGGUCUGUUUGGAUGAAGAUGGUGAUGAUGAGCAAUUCCCAAAUAAUAAAGUUCACCUAGUAACUGAAGAAGAGGAAUCGGCUAAUGCAUAUGCAAUACAUCAGGUGGUUCUUCCAGUGCUUGGAUACAAUGUUCAGUACCCAAAGAACAAAGUAGGGCUGUGGUACCAGGAAGUACUUAGCAGAGAUGGGCUACAGACAUGUAGGUUUAAAGUACCUACUCUGAAACUGAACGUUCCAGGAUGCUAUAGAAAGAUUUUGAAACAACCCCGUAAUCUCUCAUACCAACUAAUAGAAGAACAUGAUAUUGAUGUCAAAGCAGAAGGUUCCCACAUUGAUGAAGCAACUUUAUCUCUUUUGAUUUCUUUUGAUCUUGACGCUUCAUGUUAUGCUACUGUUUGUCUGAGGGAAAUAAUGAAGCAUGACUUUUAAAACCA